AUGCGGCUUCUCGAGAUCAACCACCGCCGUGCCUUGUUGCCGCCGAAUCUCAUCGAUGAUCCCAGGUACACCGGCACAUCCUCAAUUUGGGUCACUUCGUUCUGGGAUGAGCACGACGUGCGCCAGCAGACCUUUUUUGCCGGCCAUCCUAACCUAGUGCAGUCACAUUCUAGGGCACCGUGUCCUCCAAGCCCUCCUCGUCCGCGCUUUAGGGCACAACUGAGCGGAUGUGCGCCCUCGCCGCCCCCACCACCACCAGAUCCACAUCAGUCCAUGAAGGUCGAGGAGGAGGAGCUGGCCGGGCCGGCGUUAUCCGAGAGCUCUGAAGGCUGCGCUACUCAUCCGACAGCUGGAAGAAUCGGCGGCGCACAUGGAGGCGCAGCCGCGGGAGAUCGACGCGCAUCCUUCUUCCUCGGCGUCGGCGGCCGCUGCGUCCUCGUCCUCUCGUUCACGGAGAGCGCCAUCGUGCAAGUAAUGGCCAACAGGACAUGUUCUGCUUCUGUCUCCUCACUCUUUGCUUCAUCUCGGCCACAAGGAUGGGCAGAGCUCCCGGACGACCUGCUCCGACCCGUUGUCGCUUUACUACGCUCGUUCCGCGACCUCCUCGCCUUCGGUACCACUUGUCGCCAUUGGUGUGAUCUCUUCUCAGCGCACAGGUCCUCUGUCCAGCCUCUGCUUCUCCACCCCAAUCUCCGUACCGACGGUGGACAGACUCUCUCGCAUAACUGUUGGACCUUAUUCCACAAAUGCACAUGGAGAUUGGCUGAUCCUGCUGCCACCUCAUCUUCUCGUAGUUUUCUUUCCUUGAGUGACCUCAGAAGCAUGACCUUUCUGCGCUGCUCCUACGGUCAGCUCAUCUUCUACCACAACAACGGGUUCCAUAUUGUUAAUCCAUUCAGUGGCGCUAAGGUUGGCCCUCCUUCCCUCCGGUCAGUUCAGUUCACUUGUAUCAGCUAUGUCACCUUAACUGCCCCUGUUGCAUCCGCUGACUCGCAUAUCCUUGUCGGUGCUGGAGCCUAUCUGUUCCUGUGGCGCAUCGGGGGCGACUCUUGGACAAAACACAGUCCUAAAGUUGGUCGUUUUUCGAUUGAACAAAAUGUGGCCUUCAAGGGCAAGACAUAUGCCCUAGGGUCUUUUGGGUGGUUCUACAUCAUUCACUUGUCACCCAGUCUCAUUGUUGAGAAGUUUAAAGUUGUGUUCGAGGAAGAUAAAACCGAAGAUCUCUAUUCGGCAAAUGAAAAAGCAUGGCUAGUGGUGUGUGGUGACGCGCUUCUCUUGAUCAAACUUGUGGAGGCGGGAAGAAGGAUGCGCUCGGAGGCCUUCCAGUUCAUGGCCUUCAAGCUUGAGUCAGUGGACACCAUGACCAAGAAGGCAAGGUGGGUGAAGGUGAACAAGUUAGAUAACUGGGCCAUCUUUAUCAGCGUUGACGAGCGGUGCGAGGCGUUGCCGUGCAUGAACCCGGAGGGAUGGGGAGGGAGGAGCAACCACAUAUACUUCCCGAGUUAUCAGUCUGAAAAACCUUGGGCUGCAGUGCAACUAUGGCAAAAAUGUUAUUACCGUGCGACACAGCUCUUCAACACUGGAAGACGGUACCUGAAAUUGGAGUCAACCUGGGUCUUCCCCGCGCGUUUCCUCGUUCCGGCCUGUGAUGAUCUUACGGCCGUGGGUGUCAUGUGGGGCAGGGUCUACAGGCGUGGGCCACGCGGCCAGGAGCAACAGCCGCCGGCCGCAACAGGCGAGUCGUAG